AUGAAAGAGUUGACGAUACUCAUCAUUUUAAUUUUGGACGACAGACGCCACAAAUCCGUGAUUCUUAUGGCUGGAGAAAUCUCAGCGCCCCUGUUUAGGAUAUCUAUUCACGCCUAUGACUAUGAAAGCAGUUUUUUGGACAGUGACGAUGAUCUCGGAGUAACGAACUACGACUACACAGCUGGUACAACGACCGACAACCAAAUCAUCACAACAACAGUAAUAUGGAAUUUCAACAAUGGAUUCGACAACACAUGCAUGUUUCUAUUCUCUGUUACUAAAGAGACCACGUGUAACAUAGAGAACAUUUCUUUCAGGGUGAAAUUAUCAUUGACUGUUUCAACCACAACUACACCGACAACAAGCACAACUACACCGACAACAACCACAACUACACCGACAACAACCACUCCAACAACCACAACUCUACCGACAACAACCACAACUCUACCGACAACAACCACAACUCCACCGACAACAACCACAACUACACCGACAACAACCACUCCAACAACCACAACUCUACCGACAACAACCACAACUCCACCGACAACAACCACAACUACACCGACAACAACCACAACUCCACCGACAACAACCACAACACCGACAACAAACACUCCAACAACCACAACUCUACCGACAACAACCACAACUCCACCGACAACAACCACAACUACACCGACAACAACCACAACUCCACCGACAUCAACCACAACUACACCGACAACAGCCACAACUACACCGACAACAAACACUCCAACAACCACAACUCUACCGACAACAACCACAACUCCAACAACAACAACCACAACUCCAACAACAACCACAACUCUACCGACAACAACCACAACUCUAGUAACAACUACGACUCUAUUAACAACAAGCACAACUACUCAACCGAAAAUAGCUACAACUCUACCGACAACUACGACACCAACGUUGAUACCCGAUAUAUCCGGAUCCUAUGACGUUUCUGUGAAGUUACUGGAGUACAACAGAGACGAGGACUGUGGGUGUGAUUCUGGGCCAUCAUGUUUAGGAAAAGACGGAAAUGGAAGAGUUGAUGACACUCAUCAUUUUAAUUUCGGACGUCAGACGCCACAAAUCCGUGAUUCUUAUGGAUGGAGAAAGCUAGCCGGUAGAUUUUAUGUUUUCCGCCAGCCCCUGUUUAGAAUAUCUGUUCACGCCUAUGACUAUGACAAUGUGGGCGGUAACGAUGAUCUCGGAGUGACGAACUAUGACUACACAGCUGGUACAACGACCGACAACCAAAUCAUUACAACAGUGAGAGGACCUAAAAACUUAUGUGAAAUUCCUCUUCAGGGUGAAAUUAUCAUUCAACGUGACAACUCCAACAACAACCACUCCGAUCACAACCACUCCAACAACAACUCUAACAACAAACAUAACUCCAACAACAACCACAACUCCAACAACCAGAACCACUCCAACAACAACCACAACUCCAACAACCACAAUCACUCCAACAACAACCACAACUCCAAAAACUACAACCACUCCAAAAACAACUCCAACAACCACUCCAACAACAACAAAAACUCCAACAACCACUCCAACACAACCACAACCACUCCAACAACAACCACAACUCCAACAACAACAAACACUCUAACAACCACUCCAACAACCACAACCACUCCAACAACAAUCACAACUCCAACCACAACUCCAACAACAACCACAACUCCAACAACAACAAACACUCCAACAACAACUCCAACAACCACAAACACUCCAAUAACAACCACAACUUUUACAACCACAACCACUCCAACAACCACAACCACUCCAAACAACUACAACUCCAACAACCACAACCACUCCAACAACAACCACAACUCCAACAACCACAAUCAUUCCAACAACAACCACAACUCCAACAACUACAACCACUCCAAAAACAACGACAACUCCAACAACCACUCCAACAACAACCAUAACUCCAACGACCACAACCACUCCAACAACAACCACAACUCCAAAAACUACAACCACUCCAAAAACAAC